AUGGAUGCUGCCCUCCGCGUGACCAAGCUGGCGCAAGCCCACCUCUCGAUCUGGACGCGCUUCUUCCGCGCGGUGACCAACUUCUUCUUCGGCGUCUUCUUUGGCCAGACUGAGCUCGAGCGCAUUGUGGCCAAGCCCGCGGACGACGUGCGCUCGAUGCUUGUGCGACUGCGCACGUCCAUCGCCCUUGACGAGUCGCUCAAGGACACGCAGAUGGCGAUCUUUGGCUUCAAGCCUUUCGAGACGGACGCGGCGCUCGAGGCGCUCGCGCGCACCAAGAAGAUCGACUUGAGCAAGAGCCUCAUCGCCGAGGCCAACUUGCGGCAGUCGUUCAAGACGUUCCUCGCCGUCAACAACGUGUAUGCCAAGGUCUUUGCGCUCAAGGACGAGUCGUACGACUCGACCAACGACGCCCACGAGGCCAUGCUGGAAGAGCUGUGGCGCAACCUCAAGCCCGACGUCCGUCGCACGGGCGGCCGCCUCACGAAGGAGUGGGGCGAGAUUGGCUUCCAGGGCACGGACCCCAUGACUGAUUUUCGGAGCAUGGGUGUCCUCUCGCUGCACCAGCUUCUCUACUACACGUCCAAGUACCCGGAAGAAGCGAGAAGCGCGCUCGUGCACUCCAACCACCCGACGCAGUGGUACCCGUUCGCCAUCACGGGCAUCAACAUCACCAACUUCCUCGUCGAACUCAUCAACGACCGUCUGCUGGACGCACGCUUCUACGACAAGGACGUUCACGUGGACGAGCUCCACGAGUUCUUUUGCCAAGUCUUCACGAUGUUUGACGCGCUCUGGGUCGAGAGCAACCCGACCGACCUCAUGGCGUUCCCGACGAUUUUCAACCACCUCAAAGCCACGAUCCGCUUUGAGCUCCUCGAACAAUCGUUCUUUUAG